AAAGGCGAGAAAGUGCUCAGUCGAAGGAAGGGCGUUCUUAAAUAUUUUAAACGAUCCGGAAAACGGUGAUCAUGCAGCAAGUGUGUCUGCUGACUGUAGUGUCCCUGUUUGUGACGUCAGCCCAAUGUAAGACCCCCGGCUUACAGACUAGAAUCACUGACAGGGCCCUUGAAUAUGCUACAGAAGUGGCUCUUGAUAUUUUGUCCAAACAAGUGACGGGUCAGCAAAUACCAGACCAGCAUGGCCAGUCCGGUGACGUCAAAUUCGACAUUACAGGAAUGAAUGUUAAACAGUUCACAAAGCCCAGCAGUCGAGUAUCCCUGAUUCAAAACGUCGGUCUUUCUUGGUCCACGAGUGGAACGGGUCUAGCUAUCCAUGGAGACUUCAAAUACAAAUACAGGAAAGGGAUAAUCAAAAUUUCUGAUCACGGUAGCUUUGACCUGAAAGCGAAUGGUAUUAAUUUCCAGAUAAAGAUAGAAAUAGGAAUGGACGGCACCGGGCGCCCUACUAUGAAGGCUGUAGGGUGUAGCUGUAAUGUCGGGUCAGCGGACAUCAAAUUCCACGGAGGAGCAGCGUGGAUCUAUAACUUGUUUUCAGGGCAACUUGAAAAUAAACUGAAAGAUAUGGUUGGAGGCGGAAAUGGAUUACUUUGCAAACAGUUGAACACUUUGAUAGAUGUAAACGGAAUGAAGAGUUUGCAGAAAUUACCUGUAACUGUGCAAAUUGCGAAGAGGUUUUUACUGGAUUACAGAUUUUUAUCGAAACCCUCAUUUCAAACAAAAUUUAUGGAAACCUACCACAAGGGAGAAGUUUACUGGAACGCAGUUCCCGGGGAUGCCCCAUUUGCAGCCCCGCCUUUGUUGAAAUCCUCAGAUACUUCCAGAAUGAUGUAUAUCUGGCUAUCUGACUACGUCUUCAAUACGAUGUCUUACAAUGCAUUGAAAUAUAACCAACUGCAAUAUAAUGUUACAAAUAAAGAUCUUCCAUCUGGUGUAUUGAAUACGACUUGUCCUCAAUCAACAUGCAUUGGGAAAAUAAUAAAAGCAAUUGGCACCAAAUUCCCAAACACCACAGUGAUGUUGUACAUGAAAUCUACAUCAAUGCCAAACAUGACGGUACAGAACGGAUCUACGGUAGUGAACGCUUCCGGGGACAUCGUGUUCUUUGCGCAACAACCGGGCGGAAAAUACACCUACUUCCUAACGCUGUCAGCUACGAUGUCAACCACGAUUUCUCUGAUGAUACAAAACGAGAAAGUUUUCGCUAAAGUCCUCAAAUUACCUAUAUCAGUAACUGUGAAAGAUUCGAAAAUUCCGGUAUCGCCGGAGGGGCUCAAUUUCAUCGUAAAAGGCAUUGUUUCUGUCUUCGUCGAACCAAAACUUAAUGAACUCGGGGCAGCGGGAUUCCCUCUUCCUGUCAUUAAUUCCGUGCAUUUCACGAACACACAACUGACCGUCGCCAAGGACACACUUUUGAUUGCAACAGAUCUGAAAUACAGUGGCUGAGACACAAAUGAAAUUUUCAAAAAGACACUUUUGGAAAUCGAAUUUUUUAAUCAAAUUGGAGGAGAGAGAGAGAGAGAGAGAGAGAGAGAGAGAGAGAGAGAGAGAGAGAAGAGAGAGAGAGAGAGAGAGAGAGAGAGAGAGAGAGAGAGAGAGAGAAUCGUGUUUUACUUAAAACACAUAUGUAAACUAAUUUGCAUUUUUUUCACAGGAGACGGAUAUAUUAAAUCCUUUAUUCUUGUACGAUGUACAAAUAAACUAUAUAUGUGGUU